AUGAAAAAGGGCGAUGCUCUAAUAAAAUUGAAGAAAUACACAUAGGAGGAGGAUUGUCUAUUUUGUUAGAAAUACGGUAGAGUAACAACUGAUAAAAUAAAUUUUGCCCCGCUCCUCAAUAGAGUAAGUGAUAAUCAAAAUGGCAUUUAGGCUUUGUACACGAAAUACUCAUAAUCGCAAUGGAAUGGAAGAAAAUACGAGGAUUUAUUUUCAACAAAGCCAAUAUCAUGGGUUAUUAAAUUCAAAGAUAGAUUGACUCUUGAAGAUUAUGAUGAAUUUCUAAAAAGAUUUUACCCACAAAAUGAUCAACCUAUGAAGUUUGAGUAAUUGUUAGAAUACUACAAGUAUCACAAAGAUAUUCCAAGAAUGUUCAUGCCAAGAGUGUCUGAUUUGGCAAUCUAUUUUUAUGAGAAAAAGAAAUAGAUAGAGUAUAGGAAGAUAAAAUUCAUGCUUGGUAUUCCAGUGGAAGAUGCUAAAUAUGAGAAGCUCAAAGAAGACAUCAAAGUAUUAAAUAGCAUAACCCAGUAGACUCAAGUGUCAAGUCUUUCAGUGUUAAGAGAGAUCUUAAAGUCUAAGGCUAGUGAUGAAAUUAUUAAUAUUGAUGCAACAUGGAUGACUAUGACUCAAUAAUAGCAAUAGAAAUCUUAGUAUCCCCCUAACUUGAAAUUACUUAAAUAACUAAUAUCCAAAAAUACUCAAUUUUAUAAGGACAAAUAAAAUAUCUAUGCUGCAGGAAUAAGUAAAAGGCCAGUCUAAAAGUCUCCUCAACAAAAAGGACAUUUCAAGACCUUAAGUAAAGAUACUUCCCAAAAGUCCUUAGUUUCUUCCAAUAAACUUAUCAAUAGCAGCAAUGGAGAUACGGAUUUACAAAAGUUCUUAAAAUAACAGAUUUUAACUGUUAAUCACGCAAAUCCAUGUCUAUUCAGUUCCAAAUAAUCAGGAAAAGCUAAUCACAUAUCGAAUUAUCAAUCUAAACAAAACAGCAUUCAUUACAUCACUAGUACUAGAAGCAUAUCUUCAGAGCAAUUAAAAUUAAUAUAAUCAUAAUAACCAUUGAAAUAAAGCAAUAGUCCCAAUUUAGUAAUUCCUACUCAUAAGAAAAGUCAGACAUAAACUCAUUAUACAGAGAUAAACUCUCCUAAUAAGCAUUAGAAGCACCUCUCUAUGAAAAUGCACACUAAUAUGGGAUAAGAUGCCAAGUAGUCAUUAACACAUACCAAAUCUUCUGAAAAACUCUUCAAAAUCUAUACAUCCCAAUCAUCUGUUCCUCUGUCAGCUAAUAUCAACAUCAAUAUCAAUCAACUUAAUAUGAAUAAUUUAAAUAUUAAGACUCCAUUCUAACAGUAUAAGGCCAUGCUUGAAAGUCCAAAAAUCAAUUCAAAACAAAAAACACAAUCUAACAUUGAAACUCAAAGAAUUACUAGUGCUCAGAAGAGUGCCAGUUCUUAGAAAAAAACCUAAGUCUCAGUUUAAUAGUUAUAUGUCUAAAAAAUAAAACCAAAAAGCAAAACAAUGAAAAAAUGA